AUGUCGAGCCUCACGGUGCAAGACUACCAUAUUGGUUGGAUAUGUGCACUAGACACCGAGUUCACGGCCGCGAUGGCGAUGCUGGAUGAAGAGCAUCCAAUAAUUGCAGGACAAGACAAGCAGGAUCACAAUAGCUAUGUGCUGGGAAGAAUACAUUAA